UCGACGAGCUGCGAGCUCACUCAACUCGCGCGCUUUUUUGCUUUUCGCUGGGACCGUACUUCAUUCGUUUUGUAAAACAACGGAAAGAUUUUGAACUGGAAUUAUUCUGAAAAAGAAGCAAAUUGUGUUCUUUAUUUGGAAUAUGUGCUAAAAUUGUUAACUACAGAGUAUUUAUUUUGUUUUUCUGACAAGGAAUUAACUUAAAGGCAUUCAUGCUGACCAAGACAAAGCCUCGACAUGUUCUCUCUGCUGUAUGUUUUCUCGUCACAUUCUUUCUUCAAACUUCAUCCCAGCACUUUUCGGCAGAGAAAUGCCAAUUGCCAUCUCAACAUGUGACCAUAGAACGAAAUGCUGAGGUAGUCAUAGGAGCUAUUCUUCCAGUCCAUGACCCCGGCGAAGGAUUGUAUGGCUGCGGCGGUCCCACCCACGAUGGGGUGCAAGUAUUUGAAGCCAUGAGAUGGGCAGUGGAUGUGCUCAAUAGAAAGAGUGGAUUGAUUUCGGAUGGCGGUGGAGGAUCGCUCAUACCUGGAGUCAAAAUGGGUCUUAAAGUAUAUGACAGCUGUGGUCACAGUGCUUUGGCAGUGGAGCAUUUAACGGCUCUGUUCCCUGUUUUAAGAUCAGGACCCAGAUCCUGUGAUUAUAUAUCUAAAAAUUCGACUCUUACUAUUGGUGUUGUGGAUAUGAGCGAAUCCAGUCACCAACCUGGUGUGUCCGAAUCCAUGCGGGAUUAUCUCAUUCCGAGCAUAGAAUUAUCCCUCACAACUUUAAUACCGCCAGAAAGAAUGGCACAGGUCCUUCACACAGCUACAAAAGAUCUUCAUUGGACAAGUGUAACAGUUAUUCAUGAAGAGGAAGAGUACAGCAUUAGCGUCACAAAGCAAAUGACUCAAGCGGCUGCCGCUGGCGGCGCCACUUGUAUAAACUCUCUACUUUCUUUACCAAAAAUGGAUAAAGGUUUGAGGAUGAACCAUCGAGAUUUGCGCCAUUAUCGCAAAGUCUUCAGAACGGCGACUGCCGGUUUGGCUGAGGGGUCUGCCAUCAUUGUGAUUACAAAGAACGAUGGAACAGUGGCAAGAUUUCUUCAGGUGAUGGCCGAGUUUCCCGAAGUGUCGAAAAAAAUCCAGUGGCUGUUUUCCUGGAUACCGCCACCAUCCCAAAUGUCAUCUUUAGGAAGCCACUUGAUUCGAGACACUCGAAUUUACUCCGUGGCGCCAUACCCUGACAGAGUCUUGCAGUUUGAAGAAUACUGGUCCCAUCUUCUUCAGACGGCCUCUUUUUCGAACCCAGAGGACAGGUGGUUUCUAGAGUACUUCAUGGCAGUGAAAGGAUGCAAAAUACCAGGAGUUGUCGAUCCAAAAUACAUGAAACUACCCCAAUGCAACGACCGAGUACUCAACGAAUCUCCGAUGGACACCCUGCUCCGGACAUCUCGUGCUGUUCCUGCUCUCACUUCCGUCUUUACUCUGGCCACUGCUUUCCACAAGGCAUGGGAAUCCAAGUGUGAUAGCCGACCCGGGGUUUGCCCGGAGCUCAGAGCCAUGGUGCGAAAGGAAUUCGUGGCUCAGUUUCUGGAGCCCGUCGAGUUCUUGGUGGGGAAGUCCAGCGAUGAGGAGGUGGACACUUCUUCCAGAAGGUACCCCAGACACGCAGACGACAGGAAGCUGGAAGGCAGCAAACUCUCAUUAACGCACUAUUUGUUUGAGGAGAACAGAGGAGUUUACUUUAAACAGAUCUUUGUAUACGAAUCGUUGGGAUCCAGACUGAUUAAUGACGACUUCAUGACCAUCCCUUCCACAUGCUCAUCAGCAGGCUGUCGAGGAUGUGUGCGACCCCGACAAUCCCGACUUGACGACAGGCUUCAAGACUUGGACAGCUCCGAGUCCCUAGCUUUAGACAUGAGACAGGCAGACAUAGUCAUCCCCUUGCUGUUGCCCAUUCACGAAGCGGGACUGUCACCCCUAGAAUGCGGACCCGUCAUCAAUCCGGAGGCUGUCCAGAACUUGGAAGCAGCGCUGUGGACAGUGGACAAAAUCAAUGAGGACAGAGCAUCCUUGGGUGGAGCGACGCUUGGAUUGGUUGCGAUUGACACCUGCUCCUCAUCCGUGCUGGCGACUCAGAAGUUGGCGACAUACGUUACAAAUUCCCAUCUGGACUUGGCUUCUGGAUUGGCCAUUGUGUCAUCGGCUUCGGCAGAGGAAACAUUGGCAGCAAGUGCGGUGCUGAGGGCUAUCAAUAUCAGUAUCGUCUCCUCUCUGGAUCUGACACCUUACCUGGGUUCUGAGACAAGAUUAGGAUUGGACAAUCACCUGUUUCAAGUUGCCGCUCCUAUCGAAUCUCGCAUUUUAGCUGCUAUGGAUGUGUUCGACAACAUUGGUUGGAGGUAUGUCACUGUCAUCCACGAAGAUACGCCCGCAUCUACGCUUGGCCUCCAAGCCUUUCUCAGUGCCGCAAAGCAGAGAGGAGUGUGCGUUGGGCAUCAGUUUGAGCUUCAAAAUAUGGACAGUACCACUUCUCAAGUGGACAGAAUGAUGCAGCAUGUGAUAGAAGCUAAAUCUCAAGGUUCCAGCGUGGUCGUCUUGUUGACCAGCGAAGAUACCACUAUGAAAAUACUCACAAGUCUGGGAAAAUUUCUGGAAGCUUCUGCAGUGGAACCAGGUGACCUGGUCCUCGUUGGAUUGGGCGAAUGGGGUGAGAAGUUGGACAUUUUCCGAGGGCUGGAGAAAGAGGCUCUUGGCUCCGUCGUUUUCAAGCAGGAGACAGGUGAGGUGUCCGAGUUUUCUGCUCAUUUCCAACAUCUCUAUCCGGGCUCCAGCCCCCGCAACCCGUGGUUCGACGAGCUGUGGCACCAAAAAGAAAUGGAUGAACAGAUGAUGAACGUCAAUAAAAGCUCGAACGAUCCCGUUGUGGAGUAUAGAGCUUUGCAAUCAACCACAAACACCAUACAAGCGAUUGUAGCCGUCGCAGCCGGUAUAGCAACACUCAGAAGUGAACUCUGUCAGCUUGACAAUGGCCUAUGUCCUGCAAUGGCCCAACAUCCCCAGCUUCAACAUCUUUUAAGCCAUCAUAUUUCAUCCGGCAUGUCUCCAAGACUCGACCAUCCCGGACAGACAUUCCAUUUCAAAGAAAAUGGAGUUGGUGACACCACCAUUGAAGUCUACAACUACAGGAAAGUUAACGGAAAAACUGUCAAUUACCUCAAGGUUGGUUCUUAUGCUGGGCAAUACAACAGAUUAGCCGACAUGGUGACUUACACUCCUGCAGGUGAAAUACCGCUGGAAUCUGUUUCAUCAAUCUGUAUUCAAGAUUGUUAUAAGUGCCAAUACACAUCCACGAACCACUUUACAAUCCCAUCAUCACAAGGUUUAUACAUUGCCGUUGCCUUGGGCAUUCAUGAACCCACUGCCAAUCCACUGACCUGCGGGCCAUUAAGGCCUAACUGGGGUUUCCAGAACUUUGAAUCCCUCCUCUGGGCAGUAGACACCAUCAAUUCCGAUCCUACCAUACUGAGAGGAAUAGACCUGGGUUUGAUCGUGUUUGAUACCUGCAACAGCAAAGAGAAAGCAGCCAUGGAUGUUUCCAAUUUCCUGACGGGGACAUUCAGUGACAAGGACACUCUACCCUCCCCAGAGAAUGUGGCAGGAUUCUUGGUCGACGGAACAAGAGACGUUCUCCAUCCAGUAGUAGAUUUGACAAUGCCUUUGGGCAUGACCACUGUCGCGUCAUCUGUGAUGGCCCCAGAGUUUGGAGACACAAAGAAGUACUCACAUUUACUGAGAAUGAACAUGCCUAGUGACGUCAUUAUUGCUUCGUUCAUAAACGUUUUAAGAUAUUUCCAUUGGAAGUACGUUUCGGUGGUGUACAUGGACACAUCUGAGAACUCUCUGCUGGGCUCGCAGGGGUACGAAGAACUGAAACGGCAAGUUGAGCUUCACGACAUCGAAAUAGCGGUAGAAGAGAAGGUUGGAGUCGAGGAAAAUAUUGCGGCGACGAUGGACAUAGUAGUCCAUAGGCUGAAGAUAAAGCAAAAUGCCGGAGCAAGAACCGUCAUUCUUCUUUUGCCACCUCACUACAUCAACCACUUGUUGAGUGCUGUGAAGCGUCUUCAGCAUUUAGGCCGAUCCCGUCUUGGAGACUUCGUUUGGCUUGCUUAUGACGCAGUCGAGCCAUUCCAGAUGUUCCCGGAUCAGUCCUACAGCGCCCUGGUCUUGAGGGCUCAGUCGGGAGAAAUUCCCGCUUUCAAGGAUUAUUUCACGAAACUCGAUGUGAAGAACAACAGAAGGAAUCCAUGGUUCAGAGAGUACUGGGAAGAUGUCUUCAACUGCCGAGGAAGUAGCUGCGUAAGUAACCACCACCAGAAUUUUCAACAGGUGGGAUUCAUACAGGAUAGAACGGUACCCAAUACUGUGAAUGGACUCUUCACUCUGGCCUUUGGGUUGGACACCUUGCAGAAACAGCUUUGCGGGGAGGAAAGAGGAUGGUGUCCAGCAGCCAUGAAUAAGCUGUUGAUCCGAGAAAAACUCUUUGAGCAGGCCAAGAAGAUUCGCUUCGCGGGACUCGAUGGGACGCCCAUCAUGUUUGGAGAUCAGAACUAUGUGAGCGGUACUCUGGAUCUGUACCACUUUCGAGAAGUUGGGGAUGUCAGGGCAUUCGUUAAUGUUGGAUUGAUUGACGAAGCCCACGGACUUUCUAUCAAUUCAUCUCUGACCAGGGGCUACAGUGACCAGGGCAAACUGGUAUCUCUGGUGGACGUCGUGUCUGUUUGCAAUGAUACGGAUACCUGUUCCAAGAGAAGCGAAUCGUCAGCACUGUCCCUCCCCUUCAUGAAAAUCCCUGCCAAUCAGGAAUUUGUGAUUGGGGUGAUGAUGCCUGUGCACCAGCCCGGGGACAACUUCUUCACUUGCAGCAGAGUGGUUGAAGAGAGCUCCUUCCAGAAUCUUCUGGCACUUAGCUAUGCCCUGGAGAAAGUGAAUAGGAACGACACAGUCCUGCCACAGAUCAAACUUGGUGCUUUGGUGUUUGACCACUGCGGUCGAAGACAGAAAGCCGAAGAACAGAUCUUCAGCUUCAUUGCAAGUGAUGGUUCCUUACCUUACAGUGAGGCGAAUUUGAAAUCUCGGGCCAUGGUGGCGGCUUUGACAUUCGAUCCUUCGGUUGCAGACGAUCUCUCUCCUCUGUUUGAAUCCGCGCUCAUCCCUCAAAUAGCCACUCCCUCUGGUCUGGCUACCACCACGACACCCGACCGUUUGAAGAGAUCCUCUCGAUCCAUCGAGCAACCUCAAGAGCGUCCUGAAAUCAAGGUCAUCGUCGAUGUCUUGAAAAGGUUAGAUUGGAAAUUCGUAAACCUCCUCCACUCCGGUUCCGAAUCGGACCGAAGCAUCUUCUGGAACUUCAUCGAAGCCUCGAAGGAGCAGAAAGUGUGCAUCUCUAAAUCCCUGGUCAUUCGACCCUCGAUGUCCGUCCAGGAGCUCUCUGCCCUCUUCUCAGAGGAGUUCCGACCCGUGCAUGAGGCUCGAGUGAUCGUCCUGCUUCUUGAGGAACCAACCUUGAUGGAGGUCGUGUUGGAGGCCGCUAAAGAAGCAGGCAUGAUAGAGGAUUACAUCUGGAUUGGUAUCGAAUCAGACAAAGACGGAAGGAAUAUUGCUCGAUUACUGCAAGGUUUUGAUAUUGAUUUCUUCUUGAUCCGACCGGAAACAUAUGACGUCCCUGGAUUCCGCGAAUACUAUUCAAACUUCAACCUCAACAAGCACGAUCCAAUUCCGGAUAUCUGGUUCGAAGAGUUCUGGCAACACCAUUUCCGUUGCCAUCUGCCACAAAGUAUUUCACCCCUGAAGAAACUGUUCCCGGAGCCCUGCAGUGGCAUGGAGAGCUUGAUCUCGCACCCACUGAAUCAAGACACUUUUGUCUACCACACGGUGAUCGCGGUCACGGGUGUGGCGGAAUCCCUGCACGAUUAUUUGAGGCGGUACUGCGUCCACGGAGAUGCUGCCACCAACUUGGAGGAUUGUGGCGGGGAUGCUCGACAGAUCUUAUGGAGGGAGAUGAGGAAGUUUAUGAAGGGUCCUCCGAUCAGCUGUGUGGAUGGCGACUGCGGACCCUUGAAGAUGUCAGUUGGAUACCAAAUAUUCCAACUGAGGAAAGCUAAAAUUCAUCAUGUUUACCAACAGAUUGGAUUGUGGAAGGACAAGGAGCUUUCGAUGAGAAUAGAAGACAUUGAAUUCGUGACUGGGGCUAAGUUAGAUUCGAACUGCCACCAGCAGUGCCAGAAAUGUCUGGACCAGCUCGCCAUAGAUCCGGAAGAACUGAACCUCACUAAGCCUACUCUGUAUGCCAAUUUCCGUACCAUGUGGGGAGUCAUUGUAUCGGCCCUUUCACUGCUGGGCGUUCUGCUAGUCAUCAUUUGCGCUGCCUACUUCCUCAUUUCCUUCCAGGUAACAGUCGGCACAACAGUCUUGGGUUACAUGAUCCUGUUUGGUCUUCUGCUGCUGUACGCCGUGAAUUUUGCUUUCAUCCUGUCUCCGACAGAGGGCACUUGUGGGGUACGUAGGUUUGGUCUGGGAUUGGCCUAUGCUAUCAUCUUCUCUGGCAUGCUGGUCAAGGUGAUGAACAUCUGGAGGAUGAUGGGCUACAGAGGGAACCAGUUCUUUGGGGAUUCCUACCACAUGACGAGUCCCGCAGCUUUGCUAGUGGUUGCAGUCGGUCUUGUCAUCAUACAGGUGAUCUUGUCUUCGGCAUGGCUCAUCCUGAACCCUCCGACGACGGGCAUUCACGCGGGUGAGUGGAGGUGCCAUCCAGCCACCACAUUCGAGGACGAGCUCAUCAUUUCCUUGGUGUACGUCAUGCUUAUGUUGGCCAUCACCAUUCUCUUCUCCGUGCUCACCUGGGGUAGCAAAGACAACAACAGGGAGUCCAGGUGGAUUUUUACUUGUUGCUUCCUGAUCACUCUCGUCUGGAUCGCUUGGACCGUCGUUUCAACCCAGGUUCUCCACAGCUACAGAGACCUGACCAUCUCCACAGCCAACCUGGUGUGCGCCUCUGUGGUCAUGCUGUGCAUGUACCUCAGGAAGGUGUACAUCUACAACAAGUUGACCAAGGACGAGGAGAAGAAGGCGAAAAUCCAGCAGACUGUUUCCCUGCCUGCUGUGCCGAACAUGUACGGUACCUUGACAAGGCCAGUGGUACCUCCUAGCGUUUUCAACACAGGUCCCCGACUGCCGAUGGGCGCUAAGAUGCUGGACCGGGCAGCUCCAUCUCGAAUGGCUCUCAUCACGUCCGAAGACGGCAACACCAGCGACAGUGGAUCAGGUUCCGUGCAGGUGCAGGCCACUGACCUCUACCCCUUGGACAUGUACGACGGCGGCAGUCAGUUCCAACCGCCCUCGCUUAGGUUGGGCGGAAGCAGUUUGGUCCUGGACGAGACGACGCAAAACCAAUCAACUAACUGAAGAGAAUCAAUCAAGAUAAUAAGUAUAUAUAUCUGGAAGACGUCAUAGGAUCAUUUCAUGCCAAAAGAAAUUGUUAGAAUUUCUUUGAAUGGUGGUACCAAGGAAAACAGUAUUAUGGAUACACGGUUGCAGUUAACACUACCAAGGACACAUCUGUACAUGACUUUGUGCAAUAUGUUACAAAUUAAUUAUGAAUCCCCAAAAUAGGGUCCUCGUCAUAUAAAAAUGUUAUUUUGUGAAUUUAUGUAAUUUCUGUUUUUUGUGCGUAAUGCUUUCUAAACAAUUCCUUUUCCUCCGAGCGAAUUUUACUUAAGAGUAACUGCUUUUACUUUUACCUGAGCUGGAUUCAGGCAGCUAAGCAGCAUUUUCGCAUUAACUCAUUUUGAUUUUCACCCUUUUUUUAAACCUGUGAGCAUAUAAAAAACACAAGACGACAAUUUUGUAAUGAAAUAAUCAUUGCUAUGCAUUAUUGUUGAGUUUGUACUUAUCUACUUAAUGGUAAGGAAACUUUAUUUUCAAAGAAUUUCAAGUAACAGUUAACUUGAAAUAGUAAAUAUAGAUACAAUUGAUAAUUUUUUUAGUUUUUCUAAUAUUUAAAAUUCAAUAUGCAUCGAAGUGAGCAUCGAUUGAUUGAUUGCAAAAGAGCGCGACUUAUCCAGACUAAUUUAUUUAUAAGUAAUGUCCGGUUAUCCGAUAUAGCUUUAAUGAUGCUGCAAUCAGUAUAAUAAAUCUUCAAAAUGCAAUGAGUAAAAUUAACAAAACUAUUUCUUGCACCAUCUAUAAAAUUCAGAUGCAUUUAUAGCUAAAUCAAUAUAUAUAUAUAUAUAUAUAAUAUUAAUAAAAGACGACGCACUGCUUUAACAAGAUUAUUUGCAUUAUAGAUUUAUAUUAUUUGGUAAGUUGCAUACAUUAUUCAUUCUACAAACUGUCGCCGGAGAGACCAAGUGAUCAAUUCAUGAAAGGUAAAAAAAAAAAAAAGUCCUAUUUGAGUUCCUGACAGAGUAUGUUCGCUUGCUAGAGCAGUUAAAUUCACAAAAGCAGAAAAUAAAUAGAUAAAAUGAAUUUUGUACUUUAUUUUUACUUUCUGGCAAACUAAUAAAUUUUGAAAAAUAUAACUGUAUGUGUGUGUCUAUUGAUGACAAAUUGUCUUGUUGAAUGAAAUGAUGUCGAGAAUUACACCAUAUCUGCUCUGAUGCUAAUGAGUCUGCGAUGAAAAAUCUGAUGAAGGUUUGCAUUACAAAGUAAAUAAGUAAAAUAUGAUGUCUUUAAAAAAAUAAGACAAAAUAAUGUUGGUUAUAUUUCGGCUUUAAUUGUUAUACUGUAUUUGCAAAGUACAUUAAUAGAUAUUGGAAAAUCGGAUAAGCUGAAUUCUUAUGUAUUAUGUUUAUAUAACUGGGCGCAAUUACAUAAUCCGGAACAAUGUUAUAUUUCAGUAUUGUAACUUCUACUUAAGAUAGCUCAAGUGUGUAUAACAAACUAUGAUAAUUCUUAUUUACUGCAGAGCACUGGGGUUUGUUUACCAUAACUUGAUUCUAAAAUAUAUUUAUACUUAUUUAACAUAGGAUUCUUAAUUUCAUAAUUGCAUGUUAUUUUCUUUCCAUUAGUAAUAACUAUUAAUUUCUAAGACAAGUCUCUCUCUAAGUCUCAAUUUCUCUCUAAGUCGUCCGAAAUCCGUUCAACUUAUUAUAUAAUAUUUAUAUAAACAAUUGCAUGGUUAAAAGUAAUUUUUUUUUCUAAAUUAUAGAAAUUUGAUUUUGAAUAUUUAAAGAUAUAACAAAAUAUUAUCUGAAUAUCAGAAAAUUUUCAAGAAUUUCAAUAAAACUUAACAAUAGCACUUGUUAAAGGUGAUGUAUUUUUGUAGAAUGGUGAAAGCACAUCACUAAUUACGCUUUAUUGUUUGUGAAUUAUUCUAUGCUGGUCUAAUAUAGCAUUUUUUAGCACACAUUUGUAUGUAUCUAUAUCAUUCUACAGCUAUUUUGUACAGUAAAAAAGAAUUUUGAUA